AUGUCUGGAAGUCCGAUCCCGCAGCUAGUAAAUAUUUCGCACGCUUUGCAGUCUUCGUUCGUGCAAAAACUGCGUUCUGAGGUCAAAGCGUUCUCAGAGACGCCGCGACUGACGGAGCAGCAAACGGAGCAAAUCGACCAGUAUAUCACGUCGCUGGAAACCGCGUUUGCGGAGUUCACGCGGGACAACGAGCACAUCGAACGUAGAGAGGCCCACGUCACCGCAGCUGACGUGCAGCUGUACAGCGGGCUCAAAACCAUGUAUGCAGACUACCUGUCACAACUUGUAAAACUCAAGCAGCGCAGCGUGAGCCAGGAGGAGCAUGUCAGCGGCGAAUGUCCCGUGGACUACGUGUGCGACGAACUGCCCUACAAGCAGCCCAGCGAGCGCAAGGCGUACGUCGACAAGCUGUUGGCCGAGUCCGGCCCAGAUUCGUACGCCAAUGCGACCCAGCUCGCGAAAAACGACCAGCUACUCGACGGAAUCACCAAUCUGGCCGUCCUGGACUCCACAAUCGCUGCCAACAUACAGGCGUAUUCCGCCCUGCUGCGCAAAAUCGGGUUCUCCGAAACUGAGAUCAGCUCUCACAUGCCACAUUACGGGAACGGCCACAGCGCUCCUGAAAACAGCGUUACAACAAAAAUCGAGCCCUCCUCGGUUCCCUCGUCCCUCGCAAGCAAGGCUCAAGAAACCACACCCAAUACCGUGCCUGAACCGUCCAAGAAGAAAAUAUCGUUUUCCAAAUACCUGAAAAAGGGCGACUACAACGACACUACGCUUAAGCGUGGGUCUGAAGAAGACGGCGGCAGUAGUAGUCCAUCCACUACCAAACGUUUGAAAACCGAAGAUUCCCCCACUGCAGCUUCGAACUCAGCAAUAGCAUCCAUUUUGAAAUCACAUUCUAACAAGAAGAAACGAAAUCCCAUACGAUUUGUCAGUGAUGAAAAGCUUUUAACAGUAUAUGGUGAUGAGCUCCCCACAAAAGGUCUUAUUGUGUCUCCCAGCAAGCUGAAAAAAGUGCUGAAACCUUUCAAAGAUGGCGAGCCUCGAGAAAUCACGUAUUCUGCAUGGAAUGGUCAAAAAGUUCAAGAACUGUCGUUUCCAAAACCCAACCAAGAUUCCGAUAUAGUUGACACCCGGGGCGGGCUAGUACCGUGUGAGACGCGUGUUCCAUUAGGAUAUCGACUGAAUUUCACCACGUUUAGCAAAGCUCUGACAAAAAUGCCCUCAGAGCCCACAGAGCUUGACGACACCGAUCCAAGUCUAUCCCAGAAGCCUUUGAUCGUGCGUGCUUUUGGUAAGAACUGUCUACUUCUGCAAAAAGAUCGCGGUGGCAUACCUUACAAAAGAGUACCGGAAGUCGGUGUAAACGAUUAUCCCAUAAGGCCAGCGUCAACAUGA